AACCUCGCCGCCUGGCCCGCCCGCAAGCAGCUGGCAGGCUCCUGCAGACGCAGGAUGCUUAAGCCCAACAGAAAAGCUCUCGCCUCUGGGCUGGAGCUGCUUAAGUGGACAGCGGUACCAAGCCAGGCUUCAGAUUAUGAAGUCCGGUAGUAUGAACCAGCUAAAUGUGUUGCCACUCCUGUUAAAUCAAUGGACUAUGAUUCAGCUGUCAGCACUGGCUUCAUGAAGCUCUUUAACUAUAUUCAAGGCAAGAAUGAGAAAGGGAUGAAGAUAGAGAUGACAGCUCCAGUAACAUUCCAUGUGGAACCUGGUGCAGGCCCAUUCUGCGAGUCCACUAUUACAGUCUCUUUUUAUAUACCAUGACAUCAAGCUAAUCCACCUAAGCCAUCAGAGUCAGAUAUUUUCAUUGAAAACAGACCAGAAAUGAUUGUAUUUGUCAGGUCUUUUGAAGGAUAUUCUAGUGCCACAAAGAACCAAGACAACCUACUGACACUAGCAGAAAGGUUGAAGCGGGAUGGGAAAGUGUUUGAUGAAAAGGUCUAUUAUACUGCCGGCUAUGACAGCCCUUAAUUGCUUAAUAGACACAACGAGGUGUGGCUUAUCAAGAGAAAUGGAAACCCCAGCAAUCAAGAAUAGGAAACAAAAUGCUUUCUUGAGAGACAAAAGUUCAGUUUAUUCAGACACCUUUUUUUGGCCUGGGAAUUAUUAUUAUUAUUUUUUUUUAAACAUUUAGACAGAUUAUAAUCUAUCAGAUUUCAAAUGUACCUCUUCUAGAAUGACACUACAAUUUUCCCCAUUCUGUCAAUGGUAUGAGACUGGUCACACUUCCAGUUAGAGUAGAAAGCCAUGAAAUUUUCCCUGUUUUCCUUCCAUUUCACACCAUGUUCCCUAUUUCCCUCCCCUUAAAAUCCAUCUAGCACACACCUAGAGGUUGCUACAGCAUAACACAGGGAACUCUUCCUAUGUAUUCUGUGGCCACACUCUUUACUGCAGACCCUCUCUCUCACCACAGAGCUGGGCUCCACAAUAAGCUUUUAUUUAAAAAAAAAAAAAAUCUGUAUCUGCAAUGGUUGUGUAGAAAACAAGAACUUAGCGUCUUUGCAGCCAGCAGGAAAACAACAACUGAGGUUUGAAUGGCCUCAGUCAUCUCAGUGGGUUAUUACCUCAAAGAUGACACUUUAAAUAUCAAUAUUAACUAUUUCAGUGCUAACAGAACUUUAGCACUAUCAUAUAAUCAUAGGACUGGAAGGGACCUCGAGAGGUCAUCUAGUCCAGUCCCUUGCCCUCAAGGCAGGCCUAAGUGUUGUCUAGUAGGCUGUUGACUGGAGUAGCUGAGUUUGAACUUUGACAGCAUUCAAUGUGCCAGCACUGGACUGACAGUCCAUUUUUAUAAACCUUAAUUUGUUGCUUAUGAUAGUUGCUGUAUUGGCAGCAGCAAGGACAGGAAGUCAUCUUGCCCCAGUGCAGGGCAAACUACUCUGUACUACCCUGCCAAUGCCUGACUAAUCCUACUAUCUAUUUAAUCCUGGGCCUCUAUGCCAAAUCUGCCAGCAAGGAUGCCUGGUAUUGAGAAUUAUUGUGUUGGCACCUGUGAAUUGUGGACGUUUCUUCACUGCAAGUUCAGCCGAGACCACUUACACAUUUCUUGUUGGCCACUGAAUAGCUAUCAUAUGGUAACAGCUUUACACUUGCUAGAGUAUAGGAUAGUGAUACAACAUAUACCCACACCUUGAUAGUAAUAGUUUGGUUAUUUUUAGCCUCAAAGCCUCCAAUAUUUGCCUUUUGAAAUACAUUGUUUGCUUUAUGGUACUAGUCUAGGCACUUAUAUAUAAUAUAUAUGUUAGUAUAUUCAAGUAAUAUCAAUUGUUACCUUUGCUUUUUACACUAGGACUGAUAUAUACUUUCAUGGUGACUACUGAUGCAUUAACUUUAAAAGCUUUUAUCCUUUGACUAUAUUAUCAGUCCAAAUUAGCAAAAGUAUGCAAGACAAUUCACCAUCCUUAAGUCAGCACAUUGUUACAGUCUCCUGUUUUAGGAGAGCUGGUUAGGACUGGCUUUAGAAUCCAUCGAAGGUGCUUUAAACUGACAAAAAGUAGCUGCAUGGAACUAGAAGCUCCCGCUAACCCUAGAAUCUUCAUGCUCGCACAUUUAAAAAAAUGAAUCACUGUUCCAGAAGUUAAUUUCACUUAAAGUAAAACAACAGAUAUUUUUGUUUAAAACCAUGCUUGUACAGGGUCCUUUCCAAGCAAAUUAGACGCCUUAUGUUCUGCCCUGAGGAGUUUACAAUCUAUAUUAGACUGACAAUGAAGAGACAAUGGGAGAAAAGGGGAUUGGGUAAGAGACAACAGAAAAUAAAACAAGGGAGUGCUGCAGCUGCAUUAUUUUUUUUGCAGAGAAGAUCAGAUAAGCCUAUUUUGUUUCACUUUUUGUUUGCUAUAUUUUUUUUUCCAAUUUAAAUUUUUGAGUUUCCUGAGCUUUUUAGUGUUCCUAAAAUUGUUAUUGCCACAGACACAGUAAAAAACGGUUACCCACCUUUUAGUA